AGGAACGCCGCGCUCGGGCCGCCGCCCGCCGCCGCCCUCUGCGCCCGCGCCCGGGCACUUGGGCUCAGCUUGGGCUCGCCGGAACCCAUUGUAAGGGCGAGUAAAUCCUGUGGAAAAUGGCCUUCAGUGAUCUUACAUCGAGGACCGUGCGUCUUUACGGUAAUUGGAUCAAAGAUGCUGAUCCAAGAGUUGAAGACUGGCUCCUCAUGUCCUCACCUCUGCCACAAACCGUCAUCCUGGGACUCUAUGUCUAUUUUGUCACAUCCCUGGGACCAAAGCUCAUGGAGAAUCGAAAGCCCUUUGAACUCAAGAAAGCGAUGAUAACGUACAAUUUUUUCAUAGUACUCUUUUCUGUGUAUAUGUGUUAUGAGUUUGUGAUGUCUGGCUGGGGUACAGGUUAUUCCUUUCGAUGUGAAAUUGUUGACUAUUCACGCUCACCUACAGCAUUGAGGAUGGCACACACCUGCUGGCUUUAUUACUUCUCCAAAUUUAUUGAGCUCUUAGAUACUAUCUUUUUUGUUCUGCGUAAGAAAAAUAGUCAAGUGACUUUCCUGCAUGUCUUCCAUCAUACCAUCAUGCCAUGGACCUGGUGGUUUGGAGUCAAAUUUGCUGCAGGUGGUUUGGGAACAUUCCAUGCCUUUCUAAAUACAGCUGUACAUGUAGUCAUGUAUUCCUACUAUGGACUGUGUGCAUUGGGACCAGCCUACCAGAAGUAUUUGUGGUGGAAAAAGUAUUUGACAUCACUACAGCUUGUCCAGUUCGUUAUUGUCACUAUACACAUAGGCCAGUUCUUUUUCAUGGAGGAUUGCAAGUACCAGUUUCCAGUCUUUCUGUACAUCAUUAUGAGUUACGGGUGCAUCUUUCUGCUGCUCUUUCUCCAUUUUUGGUACCGUGCUUACACCAAAGGUCAGAGGCUACCCAAAACAGUGAAAAAUGGAAUCUGCAAAGACAAAGAUCACUGA